GCCAAGCAGCGGAAGCUCGACACCUCCAGCAAGGAGGCUCGGACUGGAUUCCUGCACUGCAGGCGUGCCCUGCGGCGCCGGGGCAGGGCGACGGCGGGCCCUCGCGGCCAUCGGCAGCCCCUCCACGACCAACUGGCGCGUCGGGCCGAAGCGCUAGUCUCGCAGCCAGCGGCGUCCGACCAGCUGGCAUGGGCCAUCACCGCCCAGGCCCAGCCCGGGCUGGCCAGCAAGAACGGGCCGCUGGCCAGCUGGUUUGACAGGGCGCUGGAGAGGGAGGCGGCGACGCGGCGUCGAGUUGACGCUGCCCAGGGCGCACUGUACUGGAGGUCCUUAUGUGCCGAGUCACUGGAUGGGCCAGGCCUUGUGGCCCAUCGCCUCGCCAGGCAGCAGAGGAGCGAAGCGGCGGCCGUCGAGGAGGCCGACGACCCUCGGCACAUGGCCCAG